CAGCCCCAGGGUAACCCGAGGAGCGUCGCAGGCCGCGCGCGGGAAUCGGUGAUUGGGAUCCGUAGCGGGGUUUCGCCGCGGCCGCAGCGACCCAACCCCACCGGCCAGGCUGAAGGAGCCCAUUUUGCAGCUCUCCAGUUUUUGUAGAAUGCUGUAAACAGUUGUCACAGUUUUUCAAGAAACAAAAAGAGUUGCAACUUCCUCCUCCUAAUAGAACUUUUACAGUUGCAUUCAAUGCCUAACGAUGCAGAAGCAGAAAGGGCAAAUGAUUCUGGAAAUCAUGAGCACAAAUCUGAGAGAAAGUCUCCUGAAGAGAACCUACAAGAUACUGUACAAUCCUUCUGCACACGUGCCUCGGGAGCACCCUUGGCUGCCAAAGGAGAUGGCCAUUAUCCGUGGAGCUGUCCAGUGACCCAUACUCGGGAGAAAAUUUAUGCCAUCUGUUCGGACUAUGCCUUUCUCAACCAGGCAACCUCAAUCUAUAAAACUCCAAAUCCAUCCCGCACUUCUUGCCUCCCUGAUAGUACCUCUUUAUCUGCUGGAAAUAAUUCAUCAAGAUACAUUGGCAUCCCAACUAGUACAUCAGAAAUCAUCUACAAUGAUGAAAAUAGCUUGGAAAACUUAUCCAAUAGCCUGGGCAAGCUACCUCUCGCAUGGGAAAUUGAUAAAUCUGAAUUUGAUGGGGUGACCACAAAUUUGAAACACAAAUCAGGCAAUGUAAAGAAACAAAUUUCCAAGAAAAAAACUUCAGAUAAAAAAGGAAGACAUCAAAGGGAGUGGCCUCAGCAUUCUCCUCUUGAAGAUAUUAAGCAGCGGAAAGUAUUAGACCUCAGACGAUGGUACUGUAUAAGCCGACCACAAUAUAAGACUUCUUGUGGUAUCUCUUCAUUAGUUUCUUGUUGGAAUUUCUUAUAUAGCACAGUGGGAGCUGGGAAUCUUCCACCGAUUACCCAAGAAGAAGCAUUACAUAUUUUGGGCUUUCAACCCCCAUUUGAAGAUAUUAGGUUUGGCCCUUUCACUGGAAAUACAACACUCAUGAGAUGGUUUAGACAAAUUAAUGACCACUUCCAUGUAAAAGGAUGCUCGUAUGUUCUAUAUAAGCCUCAUGGGAAGAAUAAAACAGCUGGAGAAACUGCUUCAGGGGCCUUGUCGAAGUUAACUCGUGGAUUAAAAGAUGAAUCCAUGGCUUAUAUUUAUCAUUGCCAGAAUCAUUACUUUUGUCCGAUUGGCUUUGAAGCAACCCCUGUUAAAGCCAAUAAAGCAUUCAGCAGGGGUCCCCUCUCACCACAAGAAGUAGAAUAUUGGAUCUUAAUUGGAGAAUCAAGUAGAAAACAUCCUGCUAUUCACUGUAAAAAGUGGGCAGAUAUUGUUACGGAUCUGAAUACUCAAAAUCCAGAAUUUCUAGAUAUCCGGCACUUGGAGAGGGGACUGCAGUAUCGAAAAACCAAGAAGGUUGGGGGAAAUUUGCAUUGUAUUAUAGCAUUCCAGAGACUUAGCUGGCAAAGGUUUGGCCUUUGGAACUUUCCAUUUGGAACCAUUAGACAAGAGUCACAACCUCUAACACAUGGCCAGGGAAUUGCCAAAUCUGAGAGUGAAGACAAUAUCUCCAAGAAGCAUCAUGGGCGCCUGGGCCGGUCUUUCAGUGCUAGUUUCCAUCAGGACUCAGCAUGGAAAAAGAUGUCCAGUAUCCAUGAGAGAAGGAACAGUGGCUACCAGGGUUACAGUGAUUAUGGUGGGAAUGAUGCUAAGAGGAGGCAUAAAAAAGACUUGGCAACCAGUGACUCCAAAAAAACUACAGAGAAGCUUUUGAAAACAUUUUUGAAAAGACAAGCUAUCAAAACUGCCUUAAGAAGCAAAAGAGAUGAAGCACUACCCAGUCUUACUCAAGUUAAAAGAGAAGAUGACAUCUAUGCUUUGCCACCUUUACAAGAGGAAGAAAAAAAUAGCUCAGAAGAGGAAGAUGAAAAAGAAUGGCAAGAAAGAAUGAAUCAAAAACAAGCAUUACAGGAAGAGUUCUUUCAGAAUCCUCAUGCAGUAGAUAUUGAGUCUGAAGACUUCAGCAGCCUGCCCCCUGAAAUAAAGCAUGAAAUCUUGACUGAUAUGAAAGAAUUUACCAAGAGAAGAAGGACAUUAUUUGAAGCAAUGCCAGAGGAGUCCAAUGACUUUUCACAAUACCAGCUCAAAGGCUUACUUAAAAAAAACUAUCUCAACCAACACAUAGAAAAUGUCCAAAAGGAAAUGAAUCAGCAACAUUCAGGACAAAUCCAAAGGCAAUAUGAAGAUGAAGGGGGCUUUUUGAAAGAGGUGGAGUCAAGAAGAGUGGUCUCUGAAGACACUUCACAUUACAUCUUGAUAAAAGGUAUACAAGCUAAGAAAGUUGCAGAUGUGGAUUCAGAGUCUUUUCCAUCUUCCAGCAAAAUGCACAACACGUCUUUUGACAUAAAGUCAUCUCCAUGUGAAAAACUGAAGCCAGAGAAAGAGCCUGAUGCCACCCCUCCUUCUCCAAGAACUGUACUGGCCAUGCAAGCUGCCAUGUUGGGCAGUAGCUCCGAAGAGGAGCUGGAGAGUGAGAAUCAAAGGCAGCACAAUAAGAGGAAUGCGUUUACUGCUGGAGAUGGGGGCUCCGUAUCACCACUGACUCUCCUGGCUAUUCAGAAAGCUCUGGAUGAUGAUGAAGACGUGAAAGUGCGUGCUGGGAAUGAUGUGCAGACUGGAGGGUCAGAAGCCAAAAAACUGGUUAUGAGCAGUUCUGAUGAGGAAACUGAUGAAGGACUUCAAACAAGAGAUAGAAAAGGAAUGCUGUUGACAACAGUGCCUCAUUCAACCAGUGUGAACUUUGUAGAGGAGCGUGUAACCUGCACUAAUAAUGAAAAAGAGGUAGCCGACUCACCUCCUUUGUCAAGUACUGUCUUUUGUGAAGGCAGUGAAGCUAACAUUCCAAAAGAACAAAUGUCAUUUAGUCACGGGGUUAACAAAGCCUUUCAGACAAGUGAUGAGCCUACGGUUAAUGAUAGGAAAGAUUCAGUUCCUUUAGAAAACACAGUGGUUAUUCACGUGAAUGCACCUGGGCUCCCGAGUGGAGGAGAACUGACAUCAGCACCUCCUGUAAAUCCAAGUUCUGUAUCAGAGAAUGAAACAUACACCAAAGUGCUGGAGAUACAACAAGAUCUUUGUCCAUCUGAGGUUAAAUAUGAUUCUUCUGUUAUUUCAAGUAACGAUGAAUGUGAAAAAAAUCCUGCUUCUAAAGUUAUUGCUACUGUCAGUUUACAAGGAACACGUAACACACUAAGUAUCCCAUCAGAGGCAAUAAGUAACUUAGAAAAUGCUAAAGAGCAUGAGAAUUUCCUGAAAACCAUCCAAGAAUGUGAGACAAUGGAAUCUUCAGGCCAGGAUUUAAUUUCAGCUCCAAAGUCUAUGGAACCAAUGGAAAUCAACUCUGAGGAAAGUGAAUCUGAUGGAAGUUUCAUUGAAGUACAGAGUGUACUUAGUGAUGACGAACCUCAGACUGAGUUAGCAGAAGCUUCCAAACCUUCCUCUGGACAAGGUGAAGAGGAACUGAUAGGAACUAUGAAAGAAGCCACCGGUGACUCUGAGAGCCUCCUAAGAGACAACUCUGAAAGUGAGCCUUUGGGUAUUGAGCCACAUGAAGAAACUGAAAAUGAUGCAGAUGAUUCGCUCAAUGAAUGGCAAGAUAUUAAUUUGGAGGAGCUGGAAACUCUGGAGAACAACCUUUUAACACAACAGAAUUCUUUGAAAGCUCAAAAACAGCAGCAAGAACGGAUCGCUGCUACUGUUACAGGACAGAUGUUUUUGGAAAGCCAGGAACUUCUUCGCCUGUUUGGAAUUCCAUACAUUGAGGCUCCCAUGGAAGCAGAGGCUCAGUGUGCCAUUCUGGACCUGACUGAUCAAACUUCCGGAACAAUCACUGAUGAUAGUGAUAUUUGGCUGUUUGGAGCACGGCAUGUGUAUAAAAACUUUUUUAAUAAAAAUAAGUUUGUAGAAUAUUACCAAUAUGUGGACUUUCACAAUCAGUUAGGAUUGGACCGGAACAAAUUAAUAAAUUUGGCCUAUUUGCUUGGAAGUGAUUACACAGAAGGAAUAGCAACUGUAGGUUGUGUUACAGCUAUGGAAAUUCUCAAUGAAUUCCCUGGACAUGGCUUGGAACCUCUCCUAAAGUUUUCAGAAUGGUGGCAUGAAGCUCAAAAAAAUAAGAAGAUAAGACCUAACCCUUACGACACCAAAGUGAAAAAAAAGUUACGGAAGUUGCAACUCACACCUGGCUUUCCUAACCCAGCUGUUGCAGAUGCUUACCUCAAACCUGUGGUGGAUGACUCCAAGGGAUCAUUUCUGUGGGGGAAACCUGAUCUUGAGAAAAUUAGAGAAUUUUGUCAGCGGUAUUUUGGCUGGAACAGGACGAAGACAGAUGAGUCUUUGUUUCCGGUAUUAAAACAACUGAAUGCCCAACAGACCCAGCUCCGAAUUGAUUCUUUCUUUAGAGUAGCUCAACAAGAGAAACAAGAUGCUAAGGGUAUUAAGAGCCAGAGACUUAACAGAGCUGUGACGUGUAUGCUGAGAAAAGAAAGAGAAGAAGCAGUUUCUGUUGCCAUGGAGAAAGAAUUUGAGUUCCCUGAUAAGGCAAAAGGUAAGACCCAGAAGAGAAGCAUAGCAAAUAAAUGGAAAGAGUCCUCAAGUCUGAAAAGAACAAGGCUUUCGGAUGCUACACAAGAGAGUAAAUGUGGUGGGUUUUUGGGGGAAGACUACAUCUCGCAAUCAUCUGAUGCAUCCUCAAAUGAGGAUGCAGAGUGUUUAUCGUUAAUGAACAUGCAGCAGGGAAAAGCAGCUGGAGAGGCAAAAAUCAGCUCUUCAGAUUUGCAGAACACAGUGAAACCUGAUCCUGUAAGGGACGAAGGUGCCACUACAAGCAGCUCUAGUGAAGAUGAUGGAGAGAAAACAAAACCAGUCCUGGUGACUGCCAGAUCUGUGUUUGGGAAGAAAAAGAGGAAACUGGGAAGCACAAGAAGGAGAAAGAAAAACCUAGUUUAAACGUGUAUUCUCUGUAAUUGGAUACAACUUAACAUUCAUUGUGAGGGAAUAAUAAAAUUAAAUGUAUCUGCACA